UGUUGGCGAGCCACCGCAGUAGGAGGGAGGGAGCAGCAGCAUCCAUCUUCCCCUCGCCCUCCGCCGCCCACAGUUUCCGCCAAUCGCCAGCCCAGCCCAGCCCAGCCGCCGAUCUCCGAGCAAGCGGCGGCGCAGGCGGCGGCGGAACUGCCUGCUGCUGCUUCUGCUUCCUCCUUCGAGCGUCCUCGCUCGCCGGUGAGCGUCAAAAUGGACCAGCCUGAUGAAAAUGUGAAAUUGCCAAGCUGUGAUGCAUACUUUGACACUAUACAGUCCAAGAAGAAGUUACCUCUAUCUUUACAAGAAUCGCUCACUGCUGCCUUCGCCCAAAUUCCUGUAUCCUCCUUUCCUGAUGUUCCUAAUGGCCGAGUGAUUGAAAUUCCAGGUGACACUUCUGUUCUUGAUGCUGUGAGAAUUCUCUCUGAACACAACAUCAGGGCAGCGCCUGUGCUUAAUCCGGAAUCUACGGCUCCAGCUGAUUGGAAAGGGAGGUAUCUUGGCAUCAUCGACUACUCGGCUAUCAUCCUCUGGGUGCUGGAAAAUGCUGAGAUUGCCGCUGUUGCUCUGUCUGCUGGGUCGGCAACCAUGGCUGGAGUUGGCAUGGGUGCUGUUGGUGCAGUAGGGGCGGCAGCACUUGGUGCAACUGGACCUGCAGCUGUUGCUGGCUUGACUGCCGCUGCAGUUGGUGCUGCUGUUGCUGGUGGGUUAGCAGCAGAAAAGGGUGUGGCCAAGGAUGGACUAACUGCUGCUGAUCAUUUAGGAGAAGAUUUCUACAAAGUUUUGCUUCAGCAAGAACCUUUCAAAUCAACCACAGUUCAAUCAAUUGUAGAAUCCUACCGCUGGUCUCCUUUUCUCCCUAUUACGCUGGACAGUUCCAUGCUCACUGUACUACUAUUGCUAUCCAAGUACAGGUUAAGGAAUGUCCCAGUUAUUGAGCCUGAUAAGCCAGUUAUUAAGAACUUCAUUACUCAAACUGGUGUUGUUAAAGGACUUCAGCAGUGUAAAGGAAGGGAUUGGUUUGACUACAUUUCAGCACUCCCUCUCUCAGACUUGGGACUUCCAUUUAUGUCAUUUGACGAGGUUAUCACUGUUAACAGUGACGAUCUAAUCUUGGAAGCUUUUAAGUGCAUGAAGGACAACAAGAUUGGUGGUGUGCCUGUGGUAGAAGGUCCCAACAAAAAACUCGUUGGCAGCGUGAGCAUAAGGGAUAUUCGCUUUUUAUUACUUAGGCCUGACUUGUUUUCUAAUUUCAGGCAACUUACUGUCAUGGAAUUCAUGAAGACCCUAGGUUCCACCCUUCCUGAUUCAGGGAACGGCUUGGUGAAGCCACCUCUUACCUGUUCGCCUGAUGCUUCUCUCGGCAGCGUGAUUGAUAGCAUUGCGUCAAGAAUAACCCACCGAAUAUACGUCGUGGACGGUGACUUUGAAGUUGUUGGUGUCGUGACACUGCGAGACGUGAUCUCUUGCUUUAUCUAUGAGCCUCCUGGUUACUGCGACAACUAUGUGGCGUCCGCCAUGGAUAAGAUUGAGGACAAAGGAGCCGGUUCGGUGGACAAAAGUUGAGCUUUUCUGUAGCACGAACGCCAAAAUAACAGACUGAAUUUAGGAGCAGAUCACUUGUAGUAGCUCUGAUGAAUUCAGGUUAAUUUGUGGUGUUGCUGCAGUGGAAGUGUGUAGAACAAGAAUGGCGCUGUUGCUCCGUGGUCUCAAUGUAGAUUGCUUUGUGUUAUUAAAUUUUUAGGAAAUGUUUCGUAUACCCUC